AUGGGGGACUGGAACCUGUUGGGCAGCGUCCUUGAAGAAGUGCACAUCCACUCCACCAUCGUUGGCAAAAUCUGGCUCACAAUCCUGUUCAUAUUCCGGAUGCUGGUGCUGGGAGUGGCUGCCGAAGACGUCUGGGACGACGAGCAGUCCGAGUUCAUCUGCAACACGGAGCAACCUGGCUGCAGCAAUGUCUGUUAUGACAAAGCCUUCCCCAUCUCUUUGAUCAGAUACUGGGUACUGCAGAUCAUAUUUGUCUCUUCUCCGUCGCUAGUUUACAUGGGCCACGCGCUCUACAGGUUAAGGGCUCUUGAGAAAGAGCGACAGAAGAGGAAAGCCCACCUGCGGGCUCAGCUAGAAGAUCUGGAGCCCAUGCCCGAGGAACACAAGAGAGUGGAGAGGGAACUGCGUAAGCUGGAGGAACAGAAGAAAGUGAAUAAGGCACCCCUGAGAGGGUCCCUGCUGCGCACCUAUGUCCUACAUAUCCUGACCCGGUCGGUGGUUGAAGUGGGCUUUAUGAUAGGUCAGUAUCUUUUAUACGGGUUUCACAUGUCCCCCCUUUACAAAUGCACUCGGCCCCCUUGCCCUAACACGGUGGACUGUUUUGUGUCCCGACCCACAGAGAAGACCAUCUUUAUGGUUUUCAUGAACAGCAUUGCCACGGUCUCCCUGUUCCUCAACAUCCUAGAAAUCGCCCACCUGGGCCUCAAGAAGAUCCAGAAGAGCCUCUACGGGCGGCCGAAGGAGGACUAG